GGGGCGGAGUCAAACUUUUGGCCCAUCCCUGAAAUUUUGACCCCAGGAAGUUGGUGUUUGACCUGAUCGACAGUGUCUUUUUAAUUCUUUCACUUUCGAUUUUAGUAGGGGGGUUUUAUUCAGUAAAAAUGCAAACGCUUGGUUGGGGUCGUCGCUUCUCAGACGAAGUACCGCCUCUUUGAACUCUUUCAUUUUCGGCGUCUUUUAUGUAGGCACGGUGCUUUCCCACACGGACUUUUAGAAGUGCGUCAUUUCCACCAACCGGGUCUCCAAUUCCUCUCUUUUAUGUCUCUUGUCGAACUUGAAAGGUUUUUGUUAAAGGUACCCGGAUCCCCAUGAUGUCACCUUUGGACCAGAGUCACUUGAAAUACAUUAAUGCAGUAGCUGAGGAUCUCAGCCACAGUGAAUGCAGGAAGGCGGCAUACCUGUGUGGGAGCCUGGAAGCAGACUGCAGUGUUGAGUUUGUAAAGCAGAUGUUGAAGUCUAACGUGGAGCACCGCGGAGACGCUUCUUUGUUUCUAAAAGCUCUCAUUUUACUGCUGGGGAGAUAUGAUCUCCUGAGGAAGCUGUAUAAAGUUGGCAGGAGUGAUAUGGGACUGCAGAGUCAAUCAUAUGCAAAUGUUUUCCCAACUUUCAGAGUGCUGAUGGUUAAUAUAAGUGAUGAUCUACCUAAGAAAGAGGUGGAGGACAUUAAAUUCCUACUGAGUAAUGACAUACCUCGUGAGAAAAUGGAAUCCUGUAAGCUCAGCCUUCGCCUCAACAGCAAUGUUCUCGAGCUGCUGAAAUUAAACAGAGACUUCAUCAGCAGUGUGAUGCCAAAGUAGUUGUGUCGUUGCCUGUAUGCAGAGAGCCAAGCAGAAGGAGUCUACUUGAACAYUACAACUUCAACACAAACCCCAGAGGAGUUUGUGUUAUUAUAGACUGUGUGGGCCAAGAUGGAGGAAUGUUAGAGGAGACGUUCAAGGCUCUUCACUUCAGCGUCCGCCACCUGAAGUGGCUGAGUGCUGAGGACAUCCUUUCAUCCCUCAGAGACAUGUCUAAACAAAGAGACUACAGAUACGAUUGUUUUGUCUGUUGCAUCAUUAGUCGUGGUUCAACUAACUACCUCUUUGGUACGGACACGUAUGACAACAGUUUACCCAUAGACCUCAUCAGAGGGCUUUUCACUGCAGAUUCUUGUCCCAUGYUGGCCGGCAAGCCAAAACUCUUCUUCAUCCAGAGGUACAGCGUUGCAGAUUUGGUUUCCUGUGCGACAGCAAACUACCAGGAUGAGAACAUAGAGGUGGAUGGUUGUAAUGGGCAGCGAUCACGUAACAUCCCCGUAGAAGCUGAUAUAUUCUGGAGUCACUGCUGGAUGGAUGAGUGUCAACUAAAGCARGCGCAGCACCACUCUGUUUAUCUGAAGGCCCUGACAGACGCCCUCUGCAAAGCCCAAAGGAGGAAAACAAGUCUUCUUGAUGUUCAGAUGGAGCUGAACGGGGCCAUCUUUGAGCACAACAAAAGAAAUCCUGGAGCAGCUUACAACAUUGAUGUGAAACACACUUUACUGAAAAAUCUUUACCUGGAAUAGAAGGGUUACAGUAAUUUUUACUGAACUUCUAUUUCUAUUGUACGACAGAGUAUUAGGGCCACACAAUGAGAUUUAUUUUUAAAUUAUGAGAAUAAAGUCAUAAUAUUACGACACUAAAGUCGGAUGGAAAUAAAACCAUAAUAUUAACAAUCCGAAGCAUACGUCAAAACAUCAGGUACAGUAUGUCUGAAGAGACAUAAAAUAACAAAGUGUCAAGUAACGAAGAAAAGUAUAUUUAUAAUGUCGUAAAAUUAUGAGAUUAAAAUCAAUAUUAUGAGAAUAAAGUCGUAAUACGACACGAAAAAGCAUGCAGUUACUGCAUUAAGAUGAGGAAUGUU